CCCCUCAGUUCGCUACGUAAUGAGUGAAUGUUACAGGUCAUUACGGCAAAAAUCUAUGCGUUAACUCGCUUUUAAUACCGUUUUAAUGCGAAAACACCGACAGGAUCUUGUGUCGAUGGCCUUUUUUCUGUGGCUGUGAGCAAACGCGACCAAACAUUACCUUUGAGGGAAACCAUUUUUGGGUUUAAUGCACGUCAGCCGUCAAGAUACUAUAGUUUAACUAGGCUAGGCUAAGCUAGCUGGCUAAAGGAUCCGCUGUGGUCCGUGGAUGGGUCGAAUUCAGAUCGAAUCCCUGAAUAAAACGGUGACCUGCACCCAAACCACGACAUGGAUGUUGCCGACGAAGCGGAUAUUUGUCGUGUUUGCCGCUCCGAGGGGACGCUGGACAAACCGCUGUACCACCCGUGUGUUUGCACCGGCAGCAUCAAAUUCAUCCACCAAGAAUGUUUGGUCCAGUGGCUGAAGCACAGCAGGAAGGAGUACUGUGAAUUAUGCAAGCACAGAUUUGCUUUCACACCAAUCUACUCCCCGGACAUGCCCUCCCGCCUGCCCAUCCAGGAUAUCUGUGCCGGUCUGCUGACCAGUGUGGGCACGGCCAUCCGGUACUGGUUCCACUACACACUAGUGGCCUUUGCCUGGCUCGGCGUGGUUCCUCUCACUGCCUGUCGCAUCUACAAGUGUCUGUUUACCGGCUCUGUGAGCUCACUUUUGACACUGCCGUUGGACAUGCUGUCAACAGAAAACCUGCUUGCAGAUUGUCUACAAGGCUGCUUUGUGGUCACAUGCACGCUGUGUGCGUUUAUCAGCCUGGUGUGGCUCAGAGAACAGAUCGUUCAUGGUGGCGCCCCCCAGUGGUUAGAACAACACCAACCACCACCACCAAACGCUGCCGGGCAACCAAAUGAGGCACAGGUUCCAGGUCAGGGGGCAGCCGACGACCCUCCGGUCCCCCGGCCGGCUCCUGCCAAUGCUCCAGCCCAGAAUGAGGUGGAGCCUGAACCCCCUGACAUCCCGCCAGAUGAGGCUGAUGAUCCCGAGCUGGAAGAGGAAGAACCAGCCCCUGAAGAUGGCGAGGCCAACAAUGGUGCACAAGACGACAUGAACUGGAACGCACUGGAGUGGGACCGAGCGGCGGAGGAGCUCACCUGGGAGAGAAUGCUCGGUCUGGAUGGCUCACUUGUAUUUUUGGAACACGUGUUUUGGGUUGUGUCAUUGAACACACUGUUUAUCCUGGUCUUUGCAUUUUGUCCGUACCACAUUGGCCACUUCUCAGUUGUGGGUCUUGGUUUUGAGGAAUAUGUUCAGGCCUCCCACUUUGAGGGUUUAAUUACAACCAUCGUCGGCUACGUCCUGCUGGCCAUGACGCUGAUCCUCUGCCAUGGUCUGGCAGCUCUGGUCAGGUUCCAGAGAUCACGCCGCCUUCUGGGAGUCUGCUACAUUGUUGUCAAGGUCUCUCUGCUGGUUGUUGUGGAGAUCGGUGUUUUUCCACUCAUCUGCGGCUGGUGGCUUGACAUUUGCUCUUUAGAGAUGUUUGACGCCUCACUGAAAGACAGAGAGUUGAGUUUUAAAUCGGCACCUGGUACCACCAUGUUCUUGCACUGGCUGGUGGGAAUGGUUUAUGUCUUCUACUUCGCUUCUUUCAUCCUCCUCCUGAGAGAGGUGCUGAGACCUGGAGUGCUGUGGUUUCUGAGGAACCUCAACGAUCCGGAUUUUAAUCCGGUGCAGGAGAUGAUCCACCUGCCGAUCUACAGACACCUGCGGCGCUUCAUCCUGUCGGUGGUGGUGUUUGGCUCCAUCGUGCUGCUCAUGCUCUGGCUGCCCAUCAGGCUGAUUAAACUGCUGCUGCCCACCUUCCUCCCCUACAACGUUAUGCUCUACAGCGACGCUCCGGUCAGUGAGCUGUCUUUGGAGCUGCUCUUGCUUCAGGUGGUUCUGCCGGCGCUGUUGGAGCAGGGACACACCCGUCAGUGGCUCAAGGGUUUGGUCCGAGCCUGGACGGUCAGCGCCGGAUAUUUACUAGACCUCCACUCCUACCUCCUCGGUGAGCAGGAGGACAGCGACGCCAACCAGCCUGUAAACAACAAUAACAACAACAACCCUCCCCCCGGUCACCAUAACAACAAUAACAACCCUGCCCCAGCGGUUGGGGAGGGGCUGCACGCAGCCCAUCAGGCCAUCCUACAGCAGGGGGGGCCGGUCGGCUUCCAGCCGUACCAUCGACCUUUACAAUUCCCUGUCAGGAUUGUGUUGCUGAUUGCGUUCAUGUGCAUCACUCUCCUGGUGGCCAGUCUGGUGUGUCUAACUCUACCAGUUUUCACCGGUCGCUGGCUCAUGUCUUUCUGGACUGGAAACUCUAAGAUCCACGAGCUGUACACGGCGGCGUGUGGCCUGUACGUCUGCUGGCUGUCCAUCCGCGGCGUUACAGUGCUGCUGGCCUGGAUGCCGCAAGGACGCACCGUCAUCGUACGCAAAGUCCAGGAGUGGACGCUUAUGAUCCUGAAGACCCUGGUGGUGGCGCUGCUGGUGGCCGGGGUCAUCCCUCUGCUCCUGGGCCUGCUCUUUGAACUGGUCAUCGUGGCUCCUCUCAGGGUCCCGCUGGACCAAACUCCCCUCUUCUACCCCUGGCAGGACUGGGCUCUCGGAGUCCUCCACGCCAAAAUUAUAGCUGCCAUCACGCUCAUGGGCCCUCAGUGGUGGCUGAAGACCGUCAUUGAGCAGGUUUAUGCCAAUGGAAUUCGGAACAUCGAUCUCCAGUUCAUCAUCCGUAAACUGGCAGCUCCAGUCAUUUCAGUGCUGCUGCUGUCCCUGUGCGUUCCUUAUGUGAUCGCUGCCGGUGUGGUGCCAGCCGUAGGAGUUGCUCCAGAGAUGGAGAUUCUAAUGCAGAGAAGGAUCUACCCGUUCCUCCUGAUGGUCGUCUCUCUUAUCGGCAUCUUGUCCUUCCAGAUUCGACAGUUUAAACGUCUUUAUGAGCACAUCAAGAAUGACAAGUACCUGGUCGGCCAAAGACUCGUCAACUACGAAAGAAAAUCCGGAAGAACCAGCUCAGCCCCGCCCCCCAACCCUGUUGCAGAGUAGACACAUUUCACCCCGCCCCCUCGGUUUGAUUUUCAGCCCCGCCCCUGGACUGUAAUUGUUUUGGAUCUCCUGUGGAUCAUAGUGGAUUUGAUGGCUGUAAGUCCAUUGGUUGGUUUCUCUUUCAUCCCCAUAGAAGGCAGCACGGGAACACGUGUUGUUAACCCAGGAACCGUUUAAUGACUCCCUCGCACAGUAGGAGGCAGGACGUCGCCUAUGACCCACUUUGUAAAGUUCUGACUGAUUUGUACAUGUGUAAAUACUUGGUCUUAAAAAGUAAUACGGAGUAAUUCAACAACCAUUGUACAUCUUUAAAUUGUAUGUAUAAUUUAUUAAAUCAAACUGACAAUUUA